CUUUCCGCCUCAAACCACACAUCGAACGCUACUUCAAUACGAACUUGAAUUAUGAGCAAAUCAUUUCCGCAAGUGCAGCCGGGAGGGAGCUUGAUUCUGGCAUGGCGCAUCAAGGACAAGAAUGUUUUGGUAGUGGGCGGUGGCGAGGUUGCGUCCGGCCGCAUUCUCAACUGCCUCAACGCCGAUGCCAAAGUCACCGUCGUCUGCCCUGCGUCCGGGCUGAAUGAGGAGGUCGCAUACCGAAUCGCAGAGAAGCAAGUUACACACAUCGACCGGCUGUUCGAGCCCUCCGAUCUGGACAAGACAGACAUGGUGCUGGUCGCCAUCGACGACCCGGCAGCCUCUACGGCCAUCUGGAAACUGUGCAAGGAGAAGAGAGUCCCGGCCAACAUUGCCGAUGUGCCCCCCGAGUGCGACUUCUACUUUGGCAGCGUCCAUCGCGAUGGGCCGCUGCAGGUCAUGGUCAGCACCAACGGCAAGGGACCCCGAUUGGCGGCAUCGCUGCGGCGGCACAUUGCGAGCCAGCUGCCGCAGAAUGUCGGCAACGCUAUCGAGACAAUUGGGGAUUUGAGAUCACGGCUGCGCAAGGUUGCGCCCAACCACGAAGACAGCCAGAAGCGGAUGCGAUGGAUGUCCAAGGUCAGCGACGCCUACAAGUGGGAGGAGAUCAGCCAGCUCACAGAAGAGGACUUGGAAAACCUGCUGCUGUUCUAUCCCGCAAACAAGGUCCCGGAUAUCGAUAUUCUGAAAUCCCUUCGCGGUCCGGACAACGACAUGAAGAAGCUCGACGUUUUUGAUGGAUCAUUUGGAUUCAGCGUGGGGUCGUAAUUGGGACGCGGAAACGAAAGAAAAAAACAAAGAAAAAAAGAAACCAAAAAAAAUUGUGUGAUUAUAUGUUGUACAGUUAAUUGGCGCUCAAUGGUUGUCUUUUUUCUGACCAAAUGGAAAUGGAAUAUGGCGUUGAUGUACUAUAACGAGCAAGCGCAGAGUUCUUGGCUACCAAUAGAAAUGACGAAUUCCUCUCUUUCA